AUGACCUCUAACUCUGACCAAGGUCAGACAUGUUAGUCUUUCUUUAGCCUCCAUUACCGCCAGUUCAUCUGGAGAGCGGUGGCACAAAGCUAAAUGUAAUCUCCGCCGAGAUAUCGCCUUGCCAAGUCGGGACUUGGUCCAGCGCUAUAACUCUGUGAGACAAUCAAGCGGGGAGAAAUUGAAUCAUGAAGUUGUAAUGAUAAAGGAAGCAGCUGAAUGAUAGUGUCCCCUUCUGUAAAUCCAAUACGAGGUUUUAUCUACUUUGUAAUGAAGCUGAUUCGUAACUAAAGGACCCUGGAGACAUUAAAGUGACGUGGCAGGGAUGGCGUUGUGAGGUAUGUAGAGAACACACUCCUAGAGAGGAGUAUGGAGACGUGUCUGGACCUAGAGCUGCUGUGUUAGGUUAUGUUGAGAAAAGGUUGCAGAUUGGUUGUCUAAAGUAGCCUACCAUUGGUUGUCUAAAGUAGCCAACCGUUGGUAGUCUAAAGUAGUCUACCGUUGGUAGUCUAAAGUAGUCUACCGUUGGUAGUCUAAAGUAGUCUACCGUUGGUAGUCUAAAGUAGUCUACCGUUGGUAGUCUAAAGUAGCCUACGGUUGGUAGUCUAAAGUAGCCUACCGUUGGUAGUCUAAAGUAGCCUACCGUUGGUAGUCUAAAGUAGCCUACCGUUGGUAGUCUAAAGUAGCCUACCGUUGGUAGUCUAAAGUAACCUACCGUUGGUUGUCUAAAGUAGCCUAUUGUUGAUUGUCUAAAGUAGCCUAUUGUUGAUUGUCUAAAGUAGCCUACGGUUGGUAGUCUAAAGUAACCUACCGUUGGUAGUCUAAAGUAGCCUACCGUUGGUUGUCUAAAGUAGCCUACCGUUGGUUGUCUAAAGUAGCCUACUGUUGGUUGUCUAAAGUAGCCUACUGAUCAUCUCGGCCUAAUGCUAUUUUAUUUUAUUUUUGUACACAUUUGUAUUCAUGUUUUGAAUUAAUCUAAUGUUCCAUGUUCCAUUAGGCCAAAUAGACUUGGCUGCAGGUGGCUUAGAUUAGAGGUGGCUAGGCUACAUGGCGUAGGCCUUUAUGUUGGUUGGUUAAAAAGUCUUAAGGAAGUCUGCAGGUGAUACGCAGGCUAAUUAUCAGGAUAAAACUAAAAAAGGACACAACCUAGAAUAAUGCACUUGUAAGAGAGGCAAAAUAAUGGCAAUGCAAAGUUAUGAAGACACCGUUGGAAGGGUACACUUGAGAUAUGAGAAUGACGUAAUUCAGGUUUUAGAUUAGGCCUUGUGUACAGUGUUUUCCUAGUCGAGCAGUUAUUCCUUGCUCGGAAACACCUUAGUCAUGACUUCUUCUCGCAGGAACUUCACGCCAAUAGUGCUAAAUCUGCCGGCGCGUGAUUCACAGCGCGGGAAGGUGAUGCCUGAGCGCUCGUUUCGCUGGAACAUCUAUGCAUCUGCGAUGAGGCUAAAAGGUCAUCAAGAUUUUAAUCUCCUAUGUCAGCAAAAACAUAUACAGGGCCUAUACUUUCUCUCUCCUCUGCAUCAAUAGCAUUGAUAGAACUGACCAUUUUGCAACUCCACUUCUUGUUUUGAAUGAAAUGCUGAAUCCUUGUAGCCUUUGAACAAUCAAUUGUUAGUGAAUAUGAGAGAUCCACAGGCCUGAUCCAAAAUAAAAUAUAUCUAUGGUUAUUUAUGACAGUGCAUAAAACCCUUGGAUAAUUUUGACUCUGCCACUGAUGAUGGCACCGACAGAGAAGGGCGACAUCUUAUGAGUUCCAACCCAACUCUGCUAUGUAGUGAGUGACUUUCAUUGUGUUUAUCUUAACUUUUUGUACGGAAAGUUCAAACUAUUAUCACAUACACUGAGUGUACAAAACAUUAGGAACACCUUAGUAUUGAGUUGCACCCCCUUUUCCCCUCAGAACAGCCUCAAUUUGUCAGGGCAUGGACAAAAAGUUGUCAAACGUUGUCAAAGGUUAAGCGACUCCAAUGCUUCCCACAGCUGGGUCAAGUUGGCUGGAUGUCCUUUGGGUGGUGGACCAUUCUUGAUACACACGGGAAACUGUUGAGCGUGAAAAACCCAGCAGCGUUGCAGUUCUUGACACACACAGACCGGUGCGCCUGGCACCUACUACCAUACCCUGUUCAAAGGAACUUAAAUAUUUUGUCUUGCCCAUUCACCCUCUGAAUGGCACACAUACACAAUCCAUGUCUCAAUUGUCUCAAGGCCUAAAAAUCCUUAAUUGACCUGUCUCCUCCCCUUCAUCUACACUGACUGAAGUGGAUUUAACAGGUGACAUAAUUAAGGGAUCAUAGCUUUCACCUGGUCAGUCUAUGUCAUGGAAAGAGCAUGUUUUGUACACACACACUACACUCCCGUACAAAACCCACACACAUUCACAUACACUACAUACGCACAGAUACAUGUAACACACACACCAACAUAACACACACACACAUAUACUUUUACAGUCAUCAUAUGCUGCUGCUACUCUGUUCUUUAUUUUACUCUUAUUAUUAUCUAUUCUGAUGCCUAGUCACUUUACCCUGCCUUUGUGUACAGUGCCUUCAGAAAGUAUUCACAACCCUUGACUUUUUCCACAUUUUGUUGUUUUACAGCCUUUUUUUGUCACUGGCCUCUAUACACAAUACCCCAUAAUUGCAAAGUGGAAUUAUGUUUUUUGAAAUGUUUCCAAAUUAAUUAAAAAUGAAAAAGCUGAAUUGUCUUGAGUCAAUAAGUAUUCAACCCCUUUGUUAUGGCGAACCUAAAUAAGUUCAGGAGUAAAAAUGUGCCUAAAAAGUCACAUAAUUGUGAUGAGGUGGUGAUGAAGGAGUCAGGCGCAGGAGGGUAAAUCACAGAAUAACAGGCUUUAAUCCGCAAAAUACAGGUUUACGGAGAAAUGCGUCAAACACACUCCAGGGCACAAAACAGGCGCACUGGAAAAAACAAGGCAUACGGGAAAAAUACUUGUCGAUACACAAUACACAAGCUCCACCGAGCUUCACUAACCUCCACAAAUAAACAAUCACCCACAAGGACAAGGGGGCAGAGGGAACACUUAUACACGGAGUAAUUAGGGGAAUAGAACCAGGUGUGUGUGAUUGACAAGACAAUUGUGAUGAUGAUUGGGGCGGCAGUGGUUAGUACUCCGGUGACGACGAACGCCGAAGCCUGCCCGAACAAGGAGGGGAGGCAGCCUCGGCGGAAGUCAUGACAAUAAUAAGUUGCAUGGACUCACUCUGUGUGCAAAAACAGUGUUUAACAUGAUUUUUGAAUGACUUUCUCAUCUCUGUACCCCACACAUACAAUUAUCUGUAAGGUCCCUCAGUCGAGCAGUCAAUUUCAAACACAGACUCAACCACAAAGACCAGCGAGUUACAGAGUUAGAGUUUAAUGACUGUGAUAGGAGAGAACUGAGGAUGGAUCAACAACAUUGUAGUUACUCUACAAUACUAACCUAAAUGACAGUGAUAAGGAAGCCUGUACAGAAUACAAAUAUUCCAAAACAUGCAUCCUGUUUGCAGCAAGGCACUAAAGUAAUACUGCAUAAAAUGUGGCAAAGCAAUUAAAGUUUUGUCCUGAAUAUAAAGUGUUAUGUUUGGGGCAAAUCCAAUACAACACAUUACUGAGUACCACUCUAAUUUUCAAGCAUAGUGGUGGCUGCAUCAUGUUAUGGGUAUGCUUGUAAUAGUUAAGGACUGGGGAGUUUUUCAGGAUGAAAAAGAAACAGUAUGGCGCUAAGCACAGGCAAAAUCCUAGAGAAAAACCUGGUUCGGUCUGCUUUCCACCAGACACUGGGAGAUGAAUUGACCUUUCAACAGGACAAUAACGUAAAACACAAGGCCAAAUAUACACUGGAGUUGCUUACCAAGAAGACAGUGAAUGUUCCUGAGUGGCCAAGUUACACUUUUGACAUAAAUCUGCUUGAAAAUCAAAUUGCAAAUAUUGUACAAUCCAGGUGUGCAAAGCUCAUAGAGACGUACCCAGAAAGACUCACAGCUGUAAUCGCAGAAAAGGUGAUUCUAACAUGUAUUGACUCUUAUGGAAAUGAGAUAUUUCUGUAUUUCAUUUUCAAUCAAUUUUGAAAAGAUUAUAAAAACAUGUUUCACUUUAUCUUUAUGGUAUUGUGGGUAGAUGUUAUAUACAUAUAUAUAUAUAUUUUUUUUUUACAUACAUUUGCAAUUCAGGCUGUAACAUCAACAUUUUGAAUGAGUCAAGGGGUAUGAAUACUUUCUGAAGGCACUGUACAUAUCUACCUCAAAUAUCUGGUACUGGUUCUCCCUUUAUAUAGCUCCAUUCCUGUUUAUUUUAUUGUUACUAUUGUAUUAUUUUGAAACUCUGCAUCAUUGGGUGCGUGCUCAGUCCCCUCCUGUACUCCCUGUUCACCCAUGACUGCAUGGCCAGGCACGACUCCAACACCAUCAUUAAGUUUGCCGACGACACAACAGUGGUAGGCCUGAUCACCGACAACGAUGAGACAGCCUAUAGGGAGGAGGUCAGAUGCCAGGAUAACAACCUCUCCCUCAACGUGACCAAGACAAAGGAGAUGAUUGUGGAUUACAGGAAAAAAAAGAGGACUGAGCACGCCCCCAUUCUCAUCGACGGGGCUGUAGUGGAACAGGUUGAGAGCUUCAAGUUCCUUGGUGUCCACAUCACCAACGAACUAUCAUGGUCCAAACACACCAAGACAGUCGUGAAGAGGGCACGACAAAGCCUAUUCCCCCUCAGGAGACUGAAAAGAUUUGGCACGGGUCCUCAGAUCCCCAAAAAAUUAUACAGCUGCACCAUCGAGAGCAUCCUGACUGGUUGCAUCACCACCUGGUAUGGCAACUGCUCGGCCUCCGACCGCAAGGCACUACAGAGGGUAGUGCGUACGGCCCAGUACAUCACUGGGGCCAAGCUUCCUGCCAUCCAGGACCUCUAUACCAGGCGGUGUCAGAGGAAGGCCCUCAAAAUUGUCAAAGACUCCAGCCACCCUAGUCAUAGACUGUUCUCUCUGCUACCGCACAGCAAGCGGUACCGGAGUGCCAAGUCUAGGUCCAAAAUACUUAUCAACAGCUUCUACCCCCAAGCCAUAAGACUGAACAGCUAAUCAUGGCUACCCGGACUAUUUGCACUGCCCCCCCACCCCCACCCCCCACCCCAUCCUUUUUAUGCUGCUGCUACUCUGUUAAUUAUUUAUGCAUAGUCACUUUAACUCUACCCACAUGUACAUAUUACUUCAUGGGAAACAUUUCAAACAAUAAAAGCACAAUUAUUCUAAACACAACCGUCAUUUACAUAAAGUACACUUUAUACCUCUCUCUUAAUGCAUUUAAUGCAUGCCUCAAUUUGAAUAAACUUCCAGCUGCCAAUGAGCCACAUUAUCGUUUAACUGAGCAAACGUUUUUGUGAAAACACCACUAGGUCAUAAAAGCCAAUCAAUAAAAUGCAUUGGUGAUCAUUCUUCUGUGUGUAUGGCUGUCUGCAAACAGCACGAAUCAAUUAAGCAUUAAGACAAAACAUUAUAGCGGCUGUCAGACUAUGAUCACUGGUAUUACAUUUCAUCUGCUCUGGUAAUGGUGCCCUAGCUCAGCAAAUCGAGUCUAAACUAAUAUUACAGACAGCUCACCAGAGCCCAAUACUAUGAAUCUGGUUUGAGGAGUUGGCAAGGUAACUUUGGUCAACGCUUAGUUCAACUCGGGAUAACUGGUGACACGAAAGUGGCUCACCUUUUAGCCAGGUACAUUUCUAUGUCAACGAAUCCUUCAGAACUAACCUGCUCCGGCCAGACUAAUGUAGGACCAACUCCAUUUAUACCCGAAUGAAGCAUGUUGCGAGUUGAGGACCAAUUAAAUCAGAGUAUCCCUCUCGCAAAGAUUGCGUCAUCAUCCCCUUCAUUUGAGGAAGACUACUGAUUAAAUAUUGUAUUAAUAAAAAAAUGUUGGUGUUAAAAUAUAGUAAUAAUAAAAUACCUAUCACAUUACAUAUUUAGUAAUGACAGAAUGCAUUUGAAACUUCAGGCACAGUAAAACAUAAAAUACGGCAUUAACUAUUUGGAAUAAAAAAGUCAGUGACACCAAAGGCUGCUGAAUUUGCAAGAUAAACUUUUCUUUCAUUUUGAUUUCGUCACUGACUCGACCAUGGAUUGAUGUUUCAGCGUUCUCAGUGACGAGUUCGGUGCUCGACUAGCCACGUGUGACAUGAACGCGCAGUUACAAGCCCAGCUCCAGCAGCCUCGAGUAUGCGGCGGGUGCACGAUCAAUAUCCACCUUCGGAGUACGGCUACACAGUAGCCUGAGCUGGAACGUAAAGCUGAUUGAGUCUGUCUAGCUUUAGAAAGCCCUGAGUAAUUCUAGUUUGCAUCGUAGUAUACCCCUCGAAGCUGUAAACGGCCAGUGGCUGGAUUUGUUAACAGCCUGAUGGCACCUUCUAGUGGACUGACAUACAUUUGCAGCUUGUGAACCUUCCCAGUAGUCAGCGGUGAAUAGGUACACAGGGAGGCAUGAAAACGAAAUGCAUUCAUCAUUGCCCGUUUUUUAAAACUCAAGUCAAAUUAACUAUUUUCAGACCAGUAGCAUAUGUACAAAAACGUGCUUUUUUUUUGUUGUACAAUCAUCUUUGUUUGGCAUCAGUCGUCAACGGAUGCGUCAAUUAAAAAAAACCAUUGGCUCAUUCUUUAAUUUCCAGACACAAAAUCCAUGUCUGCAGCCUCACACUUCAAAACAGGAUGAUAUUAUGUAUGGCCUCUUUUCAGCCCGUUAUGUAUACUGAACAAAAAUACAAAUUCAACAAGUGUUGGUCCCAUUUUCAUGAGCUGAAAUAAAAGAUCCCAAAAAAAUUCCAUACAUGCAAAGAACUUAUUUCUCUCAAAUGUUGUGCACAAAUUUGUCUACAUCCCUGUUGGCAUUUCUCUUUUGCCAAGAUAAUCCAUCUACCUGACAGGUGUGUCAUAUCAAGAAGCGGAUUAAAUGGCAUGAUCAUUGCACAGGUGCACCUUGUGCUGGGGACAAUAAAAGGCCACUCUAAAAUGUGCAGUUUUGUCACACAACACAAUGCUACAGAUGUCUCAAGUUUUGAGGGAGCAUGCAAUUGGCAUGCUGACUGCAAGAAUGUCCACCAGAGCUGUUGCCAGAGAAUUUCAUGUUAAUUUCUGUACCAUAAUGUCGUUUUAGAGAAUUUGGCAGUACGUCCAACCGGCCUCACAUCCGCAGACCAUGUGUAACCACACCAGCCUAGGACCUCCACAUCCAGCUUCUUCACCUGCGGGAUCGUCUGAGACCAGCCACUUGGACAGCUGAUUAAACUUUCUGUUUGUAAUAAAGCCCUUUUGUGGUGAAAAACUAAUUCUGAUUGGCUGUGGGUGGGCCUAUGCCCUCCCAGGCCCACCCAUGGCUGCGCCCCUGCCCAGUCAUGUGAAAUCCAUAGAUUAGGGCCUAAUUUAUUUCAAUUGACUGAUUUCUUUAUAUGAACUAUAACUCAGUAAAAUCGUUGAAAUUGUUGCAUGUUGUGUUUAUGUUUUUGUUCAGUAUAGUAAGAUGCAUAGGGUGUAUACUGUAUAUAUCCUUGAUGGGUCCUAAUACAGUGGACUUGUAAAGAUGCAGGUACAGUAAUGAACAUGCCCCCUCAGUUUCAACCAGCGUGAUGCAUCUGCAGUCUCUCUCUCUCUCUCUCUCCUCCUCUCCUCCUCUCCUCUCUCUCCCCCUCUCCUCCCUCUUCUCUCCUCUCUCCUCUCUCUCUCGUGUCUCUACUCUCUUCUCUCAUCUCUGCUCUCUCUCGUCUCUCUCUCUCUCUCCUCCUCUCUCUCUCUCCUCUCAUCGUCUUCCGUCUCAUCCUUGCUCUCUCUCUCCUCUCUCAGUGUCUCUCUUCUCUCUCCUCGCUCUCCUCCUCUCUCUCUCUCUCUCCUGUCUCUUCUCUCUCUCUCUCUCUCUCUCUCCCUCCUCGUCUCCUCCUCCUCUCUCUCUCUCUCUCUCUCUCACUCUCUCACUCCUCCUCUCAACUCACUCACUCACUCACUCACUCACUCUCCGCCUCUCUUUCUCCCCCCCCGAUCUCCAGAGAGGCUCACUAGCCGUAUGGUAAACACUGUAGUGUAAUUGGUUCUACCCCCAGGCGGCCAGGCUCUGCAGCAGCAACAGCAUGGAGAAAUGAAGACAAAUUGGCUGUAAGAGACUUAACCAAACAGAGUAGAAACAGACUGCAGGGAAAAUAACCACUCCAUUUAGACUUGUUCUGAAGCGGCUGGUCAGAGUUCAGACAGCUCCCUUAUCUUUAGAUUUUGUGUUGAUAGUUUUUUCAGACAGACAUGUGGACCAAAGGACUUCCCAGUCCGCUGUCACCGAAAAAAGAAAGACCUAAGAUUGAAAGCAUUUAAAUUUUUCUCUCUAUAAUGAUACAAGCCCACAUCAUUUUCGAGACGCUAUUGCCAUCGCCAACAGUUCAGUAGUAUAUCUUUUGUUGCUUUUUUAGAUAUAUAUUUUUGUUUUAUGGACAGUGACAGUUGGAAGGUAGAGAGGGAGACAGAGAGGCCUGCAGAAGGUGGGAUUCGUAACCCCGUUGCCUGCAGGUAUGUGUGGUCCAGAGUAGGCAGAGCUAUCACUAGACCAAGUAAUUCAUUGUUUUAAAAUGAGAACUAACCACCUUUCACUUGACCACAGUGUGUCUUUAACAAUCAAAUAAAUUAAAUAAAUUGGUAUCAGAGAGCAGCCGACAUGUCAAUCAAUCAGCACUAGAUGGCAGAAGCGAGCCGUGUCUCUGUCUUGUUCUGUAUGUAUGGGAGUGACUUGAUUCGUCCCAAAUGGCACCCUAUGGCCUGUGUAGUGCACUGCUUUUGACCAAGCCCUGGUCAAAAGUAGUGCACUAUAUAGGUGAUAGGGUGCCAUUUGGGAUGUAUUUAGAUCUGAUGGAUAUCCCUAUUAAAUGCUCACACAGCUAAUUAAAGGCAUUCUGUUGUUGCAUGCAGUUUGUUUACAGUGGAUUGAUAAUGCCCAUUUAAACUAACCUCAGCCCAUUGUAUCAAAGCAAACAUAAGCCCCAUCAAAUAAACAGUAAAUACAACCCAUUCUGUCUCCCUAUAUGCACCCUGGGUAAUAAUAGUUAAUAUUUGAUGGAUAGAUUGUGGUGGGGUACUUAUCUCCCGAGUGGCGCAGUGGUCUAAGGCAAUGCAUCGCAGUGCUAGCAGAAUCCAGGCUCUGAGGUAGCCGGCCGCGACCGGGAGACCCAUGGGGCGGCACACAAUUGGCCCAGGGUAGGGGAGGGGAUGGCCGGCAGGGAUGUAGCUCAGUUGGUAGAGCAUGGUGUUUGCAACGCCAGGGUUGUGGGUUUGAUUCCCACGGGGGGCCAGUAUAAAAAAAGUAAUGUAUGCAUUCACUAACUGUAAGUCGCUCUGGAUAAGAGCGUCUGCUAAAUGACUAAAAUGUAAAAUGGGUAUGCCUUAAUUAAACAAUGAUACAAUCUUCAUUGGAAUAUUUAUCACACACACACUGAAACGAUAUGAAGCGUGUUUCAUAUUAAGAGUUUGUUAGAACUAUAAGUUGGCUGGCAGCUUCAAACAGACUGCAUUUGCUGCUGCUGCAGUCGAGACAGAGUGAGCCAGCACAGACAUGAAAGGCUCAUCCUGUUGGAAAGAGAGAGGAGCGCCAGUGAACUCUAGCUGAACUUGUCUCCUUGCUAGAGUCGCAACUAGAGCAGGUUAUUUUAGAUCGUUCUGCAGAGAGAAAGAGAGAGGUGACAUUACUGAUUUUUUCUGUUGGGUUGGUUUGAGACCUCUGUGUUAAUUUUUAGGUCCACCAGCUCAAGUUCUGCGCUCGUGUGUGGAGCAGAGACAUGCUCUAACUCUCCUCUCCUCUCCUCUCCUCUCCUCUCCUCUCCUCUCCUCUCCUCUCCUCUCCUCUCCUCUCCUCUCCUCUCCUCUCCUCUCCUCUCCUCUCCUCUCCUCUCCUCUCCUCUCCUCUCCUCUCCUCUCCUCUCCUCUCCUGCCAGUCAGCAGAAACCAAAAAACACAGAACCCAAAACUGGUUUCUCCUCCUCCUCCAUGUCCUCCCUGCAGAUGCACUGUGCAGCCAGUCACCGUACAAACCAUUCUCUUUAUUUCUGUCUCAGGGAUCAAACGCUGAAAACACAGACACUGAAAACACAUGGCUGGAGCAUCACAUAAAUUACCUGGUUUUCUCUCUCUCUCUCUCUCUCUCUCUCUCUCUCUCUCUCUCUCUCUCUCUCUCUCUCUCUCUCUCUCUCUCUCUCUCUCUCUCUCUCUCUCUCUCUCUCUCUCUCUCUCUCUCUCUCUGUAUUGGGGAAUCAGAUCAUAUUGUGGGAGAUGUUAGGGACAGAAGACAAGAAGGGUUUUAGGCUGUGUUUCUGUAUAAGCACUUUGUGACAUCUGCUGAUGUAAAAAGGGCUUUAUAAUUACAUUUGAUUGAUUGAUAGGAACGUGAGCAGCAGACUCAUGCUGAUUAAAUUGCUGUAAGAGUGCGUGCCAGCAACCAAAGCCUUCUGUUGAAACAUUACAGAUUAAAGUAAAUCCCUGAGCCCAAACGUAUCAUGCCCUAGCAGAAGGUUUAUCUUUUUAGAGGACUAUCUUAGUAAAUUAAGACCUCGGGUAAAGUAUCAACUGUCUGUUGACGGUUUGGUUGAUCGUGUUAAUCAUGCCUAAAAGAAAAUGGUGAAUAUUAUCAAUUUUGUGCAGAAUUGUUUAGUUUUUUGCAUAGAAUGCGAUUUUGGAGGGAAGCUCAGAUGAAAGAGAAUGAUCGUCUUUGAACAUAUUUUUUGUUGUUGACAGAAACACAGGACUGUUUUUAGCUGAUUCAUCAGCUCUGCUCCUGUCUUACUCCUCUAUGUCCCAUAGAAACAUGUUUCAUCCUAUCCAAUAUUUACUUCAUUUCUGAACAGGAAAGCUUUGACUAUCUAAUGCCCCUAUUUCUGCUCUCAGGAACAACAAAUACACAUUUCCAUUCUCAUGUUCUGUCAUGUGUUUGACACAGAGAACCUGUGUAGUCCUCUGUAGCUCAGCUGGUAGACCACGGCGCUUGUAACGCCAAGGUAGUGGGUUCGAUCCCCGGGACCACCCAUACACAAAUAAAUGUAUGCACACAUGACUGUAAGUCGCUUUGGAUAAAAGCGUCUGCUAAAUGGCAUAUUAUUAUAUUAUUAUUAUUAUAGUCCUGACUGGCAUGGUCCUCUACACUGUGACAGAGAGAGAGGUGAGGGGAGAACAUAGAGAGAAGAGAAAGAGGUUCCCAUACACUCCACUUCCCCAGUGACCUCUGACCCCUAUAGAAAACCAUCAGACUGUCCCUCCCUCCCUCCCUCCCUACCCCCCCUCCCUUCCUUCCUUCCUUCCUUCCUUCCUUCCUUCCUUCCUUCCUUCCUUCCUUCCUUCCUUCCUUCCUUCCUUCCUUCCUUCCUUCCUUCCUUCCUUCCUUCCUUAUUCCCUGCCUCCCUCCCUCACUCCCCCUCCCUACCUGCCUCCAUCCCUUUCCAUGACCAGGGGAGAGAACCACCCCCCACCUCCCAUCACCUCCCAAAACAGGCCUUGGCAUUAUCUACACCCCCUCCUCACUUCCGCUCCGACUGACUCCACUUUUGUAACCCCUCACCCCCUCUCUCCCCAGCCCUCUGCCCCUGCUCAGACACUUGAACCUUGACCCUGGCCAUACAAUGUCAGACUGUGUGAACGACGUCUGGAUAAUAAAACAGGCUCUUUGUUGUUCAUCACCCCUCCCUAAGCCAAUGGCAGGUCAUAGACCCUUCUAACCUGUUGCUCCAGACACACAUUCUUACACACACACAUAUGCAUGCAUGCACACACACACACAUACACACAGGCUGGCUGGCUGGGUUUCCCAGGCCUCUGGCUGCUGCUGGGGUCUUUAUCAGCAGAGAACUAUAGAACUUAAGACGUCUCUGACUGGUGUUUAUUUACUUUAGUCAAUUUGGACCUGUCACCGCUGCCUGAUGCUGGAGUCUGUCUGGUGUGUGAAACUUAAUACAGCUGUCUAAUCCUGCCCUGCUACAAAGACUCUUUGUGAAGACCGGAGAGAGAACCUGGGAACACAUAGGAUUUUUGAGAUUCGUCCCAAAUGGGUGUCUAGUGGCACCCUAAUCCCUUUAUAGUGCACUACUUUUGACCAGGGCCCAUAGGGUUCUGGUCAAAAGUGCUACACUAUAUGAAUAGGGUGCAAUUUGGGACCCAGACUUUGAGAUGAUCCCUUCUCUUUCCCACAUGACUGAAAGUCUUACAGGAUGGUCUCAAACUUGACUUUUUCGUAUUAUUAUUCAUCUGUAUAACCUAAAGGGGAACCCCAUGUAGAAUAUAAUAUAAUAUAAAUAGUUUUCCCUUUUGUCCAAUCUCACAUGUAACAUAUGAUAACCACACAAGACAAGUUAUAAAAAAGAAAGAUGCUUGAGAAAGGCCAACACCGUAAUCUAAGAUGUAACUUUCUGUCUGUCUUGCUAAAUCCCCCCCACUAGAGGUCACUAUGAGGUUGAUAAAGGUACUGUCAUGUUCUGUCCCCCGACUAGAGGUCACUAUGAAGUUGAUAAAGGUACUGUCAUGUUCUGUCCCCCCACUAGAGGUCACUAUGAGGUUGAUAGAGGUACUGUCAUGCUCUGUCCCCCCACUAGAGGUCACUAUGAGGUUGAUAGAGGUACUGUUAUGUUCCGUUAUGAAACCUUCGUUCUCCUUUGUCUCACUGCAGCAAUGCUGCUCUGUAGACAGUCUGGGGUGGGGUAGUGUGUGUGUGUGUGUGUGUGUGUGUAUGUGUGUGUAUGUGUGUGUGCAGUUACAUACGUGUGUGUGCAUGUGGGUUUUGUCUCACUGCAGCACUGAUGCUCUGUACACUGUCUAGGAGGUUUCAUUAAGGUCUCUCAUUCUGUCUGUUCCAAUGAUGCAUGUGUCAAGAUGUACAUGUUUGUGAGUAUGUCUCUGUAGAUGCUGGCUUUGGGACUCACAUUCUGACCUGCAUUAUAAUUCAUGGAUUCUGUCUGUCCCUAAGAUAGCGUUCUGGCAGUAAGUUCAACACAUAUUUCAACUGAUGCUUAUCGACAGCACAUGCAGAGGCAGACACUCAUACAUGAAUACGCUAGACAGGUGUGUUUAACACCUGUGCAUUCUGUCCUCACACAGCCAGACAGAGAAGACACAUUGUCCUUAGGUAAACCCUACAGUCUCUGCUCUAGUAUAAUACACAUACACACCAGUGGAGGCUGCUGAGGGGAGGACGGCUCAUAAUAAUGUCUGGAAUGGCGCUAAUGGAAUGGCAUCAAACACAUAGGAACAAUGUUUGAUACCAUUCCACUGAUUCCACUCCAGCCAUUACCACAAGGCCGUCGUCCCCAAUUAAGGUGGCAUGCAAACACACACACACACACAAUGCUGAGUGGCAGGAGAUAAGGGUGAGAGGGUGGCAGUCUAGUGGUUGAGCGUUGGGCCAGUAAACGAAGGUCGUUGGUUCGAAUCGACUAGGUGUGCCCUUGACUGAGACACUUAACCCUAAUUGCUCCUAUAAGUAGCACUGGAUAUGAGCGUCUGCUAAAUGACUAAAAUAUCCCCAUUCAUGUGGCACAGGAACUGGACUAAGAAGAUAGAUAUAACCAGAAGUCUACUUACAAUGUGCUGUGUCAAAGAGUGAUGUCUGUUUUAGUGUAUUCAACCAUAAAGGUCAUCUGUCCAUAGGAAUAUUAGGUUUAACUUAGAUAAUUGGGUGAUAAUUGAAACAAAGAAAGAACUAGUGAAUGAGUGGGUGUACUGCAUGUAACCCACUGACCCACAUCCACUAGAGAGACUAUAUGUAUGAAUGACCAAACAAAUACAUGAAUUAAAAAAAUCGAGCCAGAGAAGAAAACAGUGGCUAGACUAGAGCCCCCAGGGCAUGGAUAGUGUGUGUGUGUGUGUAUGUGUGUGUGUGUGUGUGUGUGUGUGUAUGUGUGUGUGUGUGUGUGUGUGUGUGUGUGUAUGUGUGUAUUUGUGUGUGGGCGUGUGUGUGUAUUUGUGUGUGUAUGUGUGUAUUUGUGUGUGGGCGUGUGUGUGUAUUUGUGUGUGUAUGUGUGUAUUUGUGUGUGGGUGUGUGCCUGUGAUCCCGUACAAUCUCUUUGAUCAGACUUUAUUUGUGAUGAGGGGGAUGCUUAACAACGUAACACACUGACCCAUUUCCGCUAGAGAGACUAGCGUAGGAACAUACAAGGGCCUAGUUACAUCUCAGAGCAUCACUGGAUGGACGGACAGGAAGACAGACGGACACAGACAGACAGACAGACUGAACACUGAACAUCACUGCCUCCAUACCUCACUGAUCAAAGAGCAUUAUAGAUGUUGGUUCUCUUUUAACACCCUGGUUCUCUGAUUCUCAAUGGGACUGAUGACACCUUUCUCAAUUCCUUACCAGGACUUUAAGACUACAGUUGUAACAGUGUGGUCACAGCCUGCUGCUGAGGUCAUUGUUGUGUUGUAACUGUGUGGUCACAGCCUGCUGCUGAGGUCAUUGUUGAGUUGUAACAGUGUGGUCACAGCCUGCUGCUGAGAUCAUUGUUGUGUUGUAACAGUGUGGUCACAACCUGCUGCUGAGAUCAUUGUUGUGUUGUAACAGUGUGGUCACUGCCUGCUGCUGAGGUCAUUGUUGUGUUGUAACUAUGUGGUCACAGCCUGCUGCUGAGGUCAUUGUUGAGUUGUAACAGUGUGGUCACUGCCUGCUGCUGAGGUCAUUGUUGAGUUGUAACAGUGUGGUCACUGCCUGCUGCUGAGGUCAUUGUUGAGUUGUAACAGUGUGUCACGACUUCCGCCGAAGUUGGUGCCUCUCCUUGUUCGGGUGGCGUUCGGCGAUCGUCGUCACCGGCUUUCUAGCUGCCACCGAUCUACGUUUCUUUUUCCAUUUGUUUUGUCUUGAUUGUACACACCUGGUUCCCAUUACAUUAUAUUAUUUCCCUAUUUAACCCUCUGGUUCCCACAUGGUUUUGUGCGUGUUUGUUCUUUGUUUUGUGUCUAAGACUUAUGUGAGCUAGUGUGUUUUCCCUGCGUGGAAAUUAGUGUUGUUUAUUUUUUGAGUAAAGUACGUCGUUUACUCAGUUCUGUGUCCUGUGCCUGACUCCGUCCUACCGCUGCACAUUGACACUUGACAGAAACACACACCACAUAUGGAGUCAGCAGGUGCAUCCAGUCUUCCGGUACCAGUGGAGGAGCGCGUCCAGCAGCACGCGUUGAUGCUCCAGAAUCUUGGCACAGCCAUGGAUCGCGUGUUGCAGACCAUGGAGAGAUGGGAGAGAGGGGUUUUUCCCACAACCCCAUCAACUUCAGAUCAACCCACACCGAUGUCCACCCCUCCGUCACUUGGACCCAGUGGGAUUCGGCUCUCGCUCCCGAGGGCAUAUGAUGGGACGGCUGCCGGGUGCCAGGGGUUCCUGCUCCAGGUGGAGCUCUACCUGGCGACCAUCCACCCGGCUCCCUCGGGAUACGAGAGCGUGUCCGCCCUCAUGUCCUGUCUGCCGGGGAGAGCGCUUGAGUGGGCCAACGCCGAAUGGGGAGGAAUAGACGCAGCGUCGGUUCGCUAUUAGGAUUUCACCCGCCGCUUCCGGGCGGUCUUCGUUCAUUCACCUGAGGGGAGAGCGGCGGGGGAACGCUUGUUCCACCUCAGACAGGGGAAGAGGAGCGCACAGGACUUCGCACUGGCCUUCAGGACCUUGGCGGCCAGCGCGGGAUGGAAUGAGAGGGCCCUGAUCGACCAUUACCGGUGUAGUCUACAUGAGGACAUUCGUCAGGAGCUGGCAUGCAGGGACACCACCCUUACCCUCGACCAGCUGGUGGAUUUAUCUAUACGGCUGGAUAACCUGUUGGCCACCCGCGGACGUCCGGGUCAGGGUCCGUCCAUUCCAUCCCCCAGCACCUCCGACCCUACCCCUAUGGAGCUCGGAGGUGCUGCUCUAAGGGUGACCGGAGGGGGGGCCGUUUCCUGCACCAACUGUGGCCGCAGAGGGCACACUGCUGGUCGGUGCUGGGGAGGUUCCCCAGGGAGUUGAGGCAGCAGGCAGGGCACUGGUGGAUCAUCCCAGGUGAGUAGGCACCCGACUCACCCAGAGCUCCCUGUUGUGCACAUGUGUGUAUGCAUAGAAUUUCCUGAGUUUUUCCCGCCUUCCCAGCAUAAGGCGCUAGUAGAUUCAGGCACAGCUGGGAACUUUAUUGACGUUCAUUUGUACGUAGAUUAGGGAUCCCUAUUGUUCCUGUUGAUGUGCCCUUCCCUGUACAUGCCUUAGAUAGUCGUCCUUUAGGGUCGGGCCUGAUUAGGGAGGUCACAGCUCCACUAUGUAUGAAAACGCAGGAGGGUCAUGAGGAGAGAAUUAGUCUCUUCCUGAUUGAUUCUCCUGCGUUUCCCGUGGUGUUGGGGCUUCCCUGGUUGGCCUCUCAUGACCCCACUAUUUCGUGGCAACAGAGGGCUCUCAAGGGAUGGUCACGUCAGUGCUCAGGGAGGUGUGUAGGUGUUUCCAUAGGUGCAACUACGGUGGAGAGUCCAAACCAGGUCUCCACUAUGCACAUUCCCCCCGAAUAUGCCGAUUUGGCUCUCGCCUUCUAUAAAAAGAAGGCGACUCAACUACCACCCCAUCGACAGGGGGAUUGUGCGAUAAAUCUCCAGGUAGGCGCAGCACUUCCCAGGAGUCACGUGUAUCCUCUGUCUCAGGAAGAGACGGCGGCUAUGGAAACAUAUGUCUCCGAAUCUCUGGGACAGGGAUACAUUGGGCCUUCUACUUCAUCUGCCUCCUCAAGUUUCUUUUUUGUGAAGAAGAAGGAUGGAGGUUUACGCCCGUGCAUUGACUAUCGAGGUCUAAAUCAGAUCACUGUGAAGUACAGUUACCCACUGCCUCUCAUAGCCAGUGUGACAGAGUCAUUGCACGGGGAGCGCUUCUUCACCAAAUUGGAUCUCAGGAGCGCUUACAACCUGGUGCGUAUCCAGGAGGGGGAUGAGUGGAAGACGGCAUUUAGUACUACAUCUGGGCACUAUGAGUACCUCAUCAUGCCGUACGGGUUGAUGAAUGCUCCAUCAGUCUUCAAAUCCUUCGUAGACAAGAUUUUCAGGGACCUGCACGGGCAGGGUGUAGUGGUGUAUAUAGAUGACAUUCUAAUAUACUCCGCUACACACGCCGAGCAUGUGUCCCUGGUGCGCAAGGUGCUUGGUUGACUGUUGGAGCAUGACCUGUACGUCAAGGCUGAGAAAUGUCUGUUCUUCCAACAGUCCGUCUCCUUCCUAGGGUACCGCCUGUCCGCGUCAGGGGUGGAGAUGGAGAAUGACCGCAUUUCAGCCGUGCGUAAUUGGCCGACUCCAACCACGGUAAAGGAGGUAAAGCGGUUCUUAGGGUUUGCCAACUACUACCAGAGGUUUAUCCGGGGCUUUGGUCAGGUAGCGGCUCCCAUUACCUCCUUGCUGAAGGGGGACCGGUGCGACUGCAGUGGUCAGCUGGGGCGGACAGGGCUUUUGGUCACCUGAAGGCUCUGUUUACCUCGGCUCCCGUGCUGGCUCAUCCUGAUCCCUCCUUGGCAUUCAUAGUAGAGGUGGACGCGUCCAAGGCUGGGAUAGGAGCUGUGCUGUCUCAGCUCGGGUACGCCACCAAAGCUCUGCCCCUGUGCUUUCUUUUCAAAGAAGCUCAGCCCGGUGGAGCGAAACUAUGAUGUAGGGGACCGGGAGCUGUUAGUUGUUGUCAGGACUCUGAAGGCAUGGAGGCAUUGGCUUGAGGGGGCUAAACACCCUUUCCUCAUUUGGACUGACCACCGCAAUCUGGAGUACAUCCGGGCGGCGAGGAGACUGAACCCUCGCCAGGCAAGGUGGCCCAUGUUUUUCACCCAUUUUGUUUUCACCCUAUUCUACAGACCAGGUUCCCAGAGCGCUAAGGCAGACGCACUGUCCCGGAUGUAUGACACAGAGGAGCGGUCCACGGAUCCCACUCCCAUACUUCCGGCUUCUUGCCUGGUGGCACCGGUGGUAUGGGAGGUUGACGUGGACAUCGAGCGGGCGUUACGUACGGAGCCCACUCCCACCCAGUGUCCAGUUGGGCAUCUGUACGUUCCGUCUGAUGUCCGCGAUCGAUUGAUCUGUUGGGCCCACAUGUCACCCUCCUCUGGUCAUCCUGGCAUCGGUCGGACAGUGUGCUGUCUUAGUGGGAAGUACUGGUGGCCCACUUUAGCUAAGGACGUGAGGGUUUAUGUUUCCUCCUGCUCGGUGUGCGCCCAGUGCAAGGCACCUAGACACCUGCCCAGAGGGAAAUUACAACCCUUACCCGUUCCACAAUGGCCGUGGUCACACCUAUCAGUGGACUUCGUGACGGAUCUUCCUCCGUCACAAGGUAACACCACGAUCCUGGUCGUUGUGGAUCGGUUUUCUCCUUCCUUUGCCCGGUCUCCCUACGGCCCUACAGACUGCGGAGAACCUGUUUACCCACGUCUGACGGCACUACGGGGUGCCUGAGGAUAUAGUGUCUGAUCGGGGUCCCCAGUUCACAUUGAGGGUCUGGAGGGAGUUCAUGGAACGUCUGGGGGUCUCGGUCAGCCUGACCUCAGGUUUUCACCCCGAGAGUAAUGGGCAGGUGGAGAGAGUUAACCAGGAUGUGGGUAGGUUUCUGCGGUCCUAUUGCCAGGACCGGCCGGGGGAGUGGGCGGCUUUCAUCCCCUGGGCAGAGAUGGGCCAAAACUCCCUCCGCCACUCCUCCACUAACAUGUCUCCGUUUCAGUGUGUACUAGGUUAUCAGCCGGUCCUGGCACCGUGGCAUCAGAGCCAGAUCGAGGCACCUGCGGUGGAUGAAUGGUUUCAGCGCUCGGAAGAGACAUGGGACGCUGCCCAUGUGCGCCUGCCAUCAGGCGACAGAAGGCGAGCGCCGACCGCCACUGCAGUGUGGUCACAGUUGUAACAGUGUGGUCACUGCCUGCUGCUGAGGUCAUUGUUGUGUUGUAACUGUGUGGUCACUGCCUGCUGCUGAGGUCAUUGUGAUUAGGGCAUCUUGGAGUGCUGAUACAGGACCAGUUUUGCUAUUUGGUUCAUAACUAAAAUGAUUUAUAUGGACACAUGGGAACUGAUCCUAGAUCACCACUCCUGCUCUAGGGUGCUUUUUGAAAAUGGGCCUAUGGCAGCAUCUUCACUGCAGGGUUGUCGGUCAAUUCCAUUUCAACUCAAUCAAUUCAGGGAGUUGAUUGAAAGUGACACAGAAAAUAAUGGCCCAUUUUCAAUUUAUUGGAUUUCAAACGCUCUCCUGCAUUGACAAAGUAGAAAGAAUUGAACCCAACCCUGUGUUUCACUUAGAUAACAGUAAUGAUUAUCAUCUACAGGUUUUCUAUCUAUCCAUUUAUCAAAGAACUCUACCCUGUAACAGCACUUGGAACAGUCAAACAGUUUUAAAUUCAUAUUUAUUUUAAAUCUUACUUUGUUUUGUUAGUCUUUCUUAAUCUUGUAAAGUGUGUUGUUGUGACCCUUGUUAAUGCAUUUUAAAUAAACCUUACUUGACAUAUAAUAACAAUUGUCAUAUCUCUAUGGUUCCAACAUGUUAUGUUGCUUACUGUUGUGAUCAAAGCAGGACCUUGACUGAACUCAUUUCAGAAAGAGUGGAUAUCCAAUUGUAGGGGUAAGCAUUCAGAGGCGCUAAGUACUCUCAGCCCCCAAACGGUACUGUCAGAGCCCUAAAAUGAACAUCAUAUUACAAUGAUUUCUCAUAGUUUAAAGAUAGAGAGAGAUAUAGAGACAGAGAGAGAGAGCGAGAGAGAGAGAGAGUGAGAGAGCAAGUGAGAAAGAGAGAGAGACAGAGAGAGAGAGAGAGAGAGAGAGAGAGAGAGAGAGAGAGAGAGAGAGAGAGAGAGAGAGAGAGAGAGCACAUGGUUUAAUGAGCAGCGGUUUGCUCUGUUUUAAUUUAAAUGAUAAUUGGCUUAACAGAAGUUGUUUUUUUAAGACUCAAGAUAAUUAAUUGCUUGCAGUAACAACAAGGAAUUGAUUUAUUUCAUUUAAUUGAUUUCCUGCAGAAAGUGUUUUCUCUCAGGGUUGAUUGGAACUCAUUAUAAAUGCCUCGAGCCUUGGGAGCCAAACACUUUCCACUCUUCCAGGUACACACAUACAUUUAUGCUACACACAACUGCUGCUACCAGACUCUUAUUUAAUAUUGCUAAUACUGCAUAAUUUCAACACUUGCCCCCCAAUCCUCCCUUGCCCAGAACAUGUAAAUAUUGUACUAUAAUUUGUGCCUUCCUGUAUUAUACUGAUGCUAAAAUGUUUAUUCUAUUCUACUGAGCCAUUUACUUUAUGUUCGUAUUCUUAUCUUUUAUUAUUUCUUAUUGUUGUUGUUGCAUUGUCCAGAAGGAACCUGCUAGUAAGCAUUUCGUUGGACGGUGUAUACCAUGUGUAUCCUGGACAUACGACUAAUAAAACACUUGAAAGGUCAACUAAGAUUAUUGUGAGGAAUAUUUAGACUUCAUAUUGUCCACACGGCUCUGGAAAACACUGAAAAUGGUUUAUGGAUAUGUGGAAGGAUUUAUAUUUUGGUCAUUUUGUAGGCAACAGUCUAUUCUAUUCAAAUAUUUUCUAUUCUAUUCUAUUAUUUUCUAUUAUAUUUGUAUUUGUUUCUACUAUGCUGUAUUUGAUUCUAUUCUUUAGAGAGUCUGAGUCAGACAGAACAAAGGAAUCAUGUGUGAAUGUCUGGAGGGAAGUUAGAACCAUCAUCUGCUGUUACAGCCCCACUGGGAUGAAAUAACACACCUGUCUCCCAGAGAAAAUGGAUGCUAUUACGUGUGUAGGGGUGUGUGUGUGUGUGCGCUUUUCAAGGGUUCGUUUUAGAGGGAGUGGGUGGAUUUCAAAUCAUCCCUGUUAGAUAACACGUAAAAAUGCACAGCUGACAGUGUGAAUGAUAUACAGCCACACUGGAAGCCAAACUGUAAUUGGCUGUAAGCCAAACUGUAAUUGGGGGUGACUCUCUCUCUCUCUCAGAUAGAGAGACGAGAGAUGAGAGCUAAGAGAGAGAGAGAUGCGAGAGAGAUAGGAACGAGCUAGAGAGAGAGAAUAGAUACUAGCGAUAGAUAUAAGCUCUCGCUAUCUUACUUCUCUCUCUAUCUCUCUACUCUCUCUCUCUCUCUAUCUCUCUCUCUCUCUCUCCUUCUCUUCUCUCUCUCUAUCUCUCUCUCUCUCUCUCUCUCUCCUCUCUCUCUCUCUCUCUCUGUGUGUGUGUGUGUGUAGGUAUGUGUGUGUGUAUGUUUGAUUUUACUAUCCUUGUGAGGACCAGAAGUCCUCACAUGGAUAGUAAAACAUGGACAAGUGGGGACAUUUCGUCGGUCCCCACAAGGAAAAUUGCUAGUUUAGGGUUAGGGUUAGAGGUUAGGUUCAGGGUUAGGGUUAGGAGUUAGGUUUAGGGGUUUAGGGUUAGGUGAUAGGGUCCCCACAAGUAUAGUAAAACAAACGCGAGUGUGUGUGUGUGUGUGUGAAAGAGAGAGAGAGAGAGACAGAGGGAGAAAGAGAGAGACAGAAGGAGGGAGGGAGGGAGGGAGGGGAUGCAUCAUACUAUACUGAACAAAUGAUCCAUGGUAUGACCAUCUGAAAACAAUUCUGUGGUUUUAAUCUAUGUUGCUGUUGUUGUGUUUCUGUUGACUUUGCUCUGCAGUGAGAAGAUGUGAGUGUUAAGUGUGGAGACCCUGUGUAGCCCUGGGUAUAAUGGACCUAUAGAAGAAUACGUUCUCAGUAUAGGAUGUAAUUAACUUCAGAUUGCUUGGGUGAGGGACCUCAGCUGUACACACACACACACACACACACACACACACACACACACACACACACACACACACACACACACACACACACACACACACACACACACACACACACACACACACACACACACACACACACACACACACACACACACACACACACACACACACACACACACACACACACACACACACACUAUAGCAAUCCAUUCUGCCUGGCGAAGAAGAGAGGACAAUAUAUUAACCACAGCUGAAUAUCCACUGUGAACCCAAGCACAUCUGACCUCAUGGCACAACAUUUCAUAACAUUCAAUUAUUGCUGUGGUUAUUCAUAGCUUUUAGACGUGCUGGGGAUGGGGAGCUGUGAAAGUGUGUCUGCAUGAGGUACCUAAACUGCUCUUCUAGAAUAAAUAUCACGUCAACAUUUUUGUAGUGCAAAACAAUUGUUUAAAGUGCAAGAAACACAGUAAACUUCAUUAUAAUCUCACAGUCUGAUUUAAUUUGAAACUAUUCUUCAACAAUGUUUGUUAUAAGAAGGUGAUUGGGUAACCUUGAGUUUACUGAGCAAUACAUAAUUAGUCACCUCUUUAUAUCGCACAUUGUUGAAGAAAAGUUUCAAAACACGCUGCCAAAUUAAAAUGAUGUUUAUGGUAGUUUUAGCACUUGAAAAUGUUGCCCUGUGUGUGGAAUUGAGAUCUAUCUAAUCCAGUAACAUAACCAGAAUAAGAUUUUGUUCUUACAUAACUGAUUUUCCUGAUGUGGUAGACAAAGGAUAAAUAAAUAAAUACAAAUAAAAGCAUGAACUCUUGGCCUGAAAACAUGGAAGAAGUUCAAUGUACUUCAAAUCAACUUUGAACGUUGAAGCCCAAUCAUUACUGUAAGACAACAACAUGCUUCAGUCAGAGCUUGUUAGUACUACUCUAACACACACACACACACACACACACACACACACACACACACACACACACACACACACACACACACACACACACACACACACACACACACACACUGGGUUAUCGCUCAUUAAACGGAGCUAGAUCCUGACCUGCGUCUUAACUUUCCUUCAUGAAACAGACUUAGAACAUCAUUAGGAGCCGAGCUGAUAUGUGAGCGAUCUGCACCCCCCUAAAGACCAAGUCGGCAUCCCAAAUUGCACCCUGUUCCCUAUAUAGUGCACUUCUUUUGACCAGGACCCAUAGGGCACAUAGGGUCUGGUCAAAAGUAGUGUACAAUUUAGAGGACAGGGUGCCAUUUGGGAUGGAGACCAAGAUGAACCGUAUAGAGACUGAGAGGAAGGCUUGGCUGAGAAACAAGGUAAAACUGGCAAUUUGAGUGCAAUUUGGGAUUGGAGAUUUGAUAUACUAGCUAAGUCUUCUGGAAAGUUGCAAUGACAAUGCAGCAGGAAGAUCAGACAUUGUAAUUAGGGAGACAAGAACAGACCAAGGCAUUGUAAUUAGGGAGAUAAGAACAGACCAAGGCAUUGUAAUUAGGGAGAUAAGAACAGACCAAAGCAUUGUAAUUAGGGAGAUAAGAACAGACCAAGGCAUUGUAAUUAGGGAGAUAAGAACAGACCAAAGCAUUGUAAUUAGGGAGAUAAGAACAGACCAAGGCAUUGUAAUUAGGGAGAUAAGAACAGACCAAGGCAUUGUAAUUAGGGAGAUAAGAACAGACCAAGGCAUUGUAAUUAGGGAGAUAAGAACAGACCAAGGCAUUGUAAUUAGGGAGAUAAGAACAGACCAAGGCAUUGUAAUUAGGGAGAUAAGAACAGACCAAGGCAUUGUAAUUAGGGAGAUAAGAAAAGACCAAGGCAUUGUAAUUAGGGAGAUAAGAACAGACCAAGGCAUUGUAAUUAGGGAGGUAAGAAUAGACAAUAUAGACCACACUUCAGCAUGAGUACAUUCUUAAACAAAGGAAUUGUGAGUGUGGAUUAUACUGUGUAUAGGAAUAAGUGUUAAUACCGGUAUGCCAAAUUCUAUACUGAUACAUAAAUGGAACAGUAAUGUACUUCUAAUUUCUUUUCUUUGUCAUUUGUGAUCAAUUGUAUUGAUUUAUAAUAAGAAAAAUAGGUAAGAACAUAAUACACAAAAAUACCUAGAUUUUGUAAUAAAUGAACACCCUACGCAGUACACAAUAUAAGAAUUAGCUUUGCAAAAUGGCGAUCCUUUGUAGUUGCGUAACAAAAAUAUUCAGAAGUGUGCACAGCCACAAUUUGUUGUGGCAAGUACGCAAGAUUGCUAUUUCACAUGCAGCACCAGUCAAACAUUUGGACACACCUACUCAUUUAAGGGUUUUUCUUUAUUUUUACUAUUUUCUACAUUGUAAAAUAAUCGUGAAGACAUCAAAACUAUGAAAGAACACAUAUGGAAUCAUGUAGUAACCAAAAAAGUGUUAAACAAAUCAAAAUAUAUUUUAUAUUUCAGAUUCUUCAAAGUAGCCACCCUUUGCCUUGAUGACAGCUUUGCACACUCUUGGCAUUCUGUCAACCAGCUUUAUGAGGUAGUCACCUGGAAUGCAUUUCAAUAAACAGGUGUGCCUUGCUAAAAGUUAAUUUGUGGAAUUUCUUUCCUUCUUAAUGCGUUUGAGCCAAUCAGUUGUGUUGUGACAAGGUAGGGGUGGUAUACAGAAGAUAGCCCUAUUUGGUAAAAGACCAAGUCCAUAUUAUGGCAAGAACAGCUCAAAUAAGCAAAGAGAAACGACAGUCCAUCGUUACUUUAAGACAUGAGGGUCAGUCAAUCAGGAACAUUUCAAGAACUUUGAAAGUCGCAAAAAACAUUGAGCGCUAUGAUGAAACUGUCUCUCAUGGGGACUGCCACAGGAAAAGAAGACCCAGAGUUACCUCUGCUGCAGAGGAUAAGUUCAUUAGAGUUAACUGCACCUCAGAUUACAGCCCAAAUAAAGGCUUCACAGAGUUCAAGUAACAGACACAUCUCAACAUCAACUGUUCAGAGGAGACUGCGUGAAUCAGGCCUUCAUUGUCGAAUUGCUGCAACGAAACCACUACUAAAGGACACCAAUAAUAAGAAGAGACUUGCUUGGGCCAAGAACCAUGAGCAAUGGGCAUUAGACCGGUGGAAAUCUGUCCUUUGGUCUGAUGAGUCCAAAUUUGAGAUUUUUGGUUCCAACCGCUGUGUCUUUGUGAGACGCAGAGUAGCUGAACGGAUUAUCUCUGCAUGUGUGGUUGCCACCGUGAAGCAUGGAGGAGGAGGUGUGAUGGUGUGGGGGUGCUUUGCUGGUGACACUGUCAGUGAUUUAUUUAGAAUUCAAGGCACACUUAACCAACAUGGCUACCACAGCAUUCUGCAGUGAUACGCCAUCCCAUCUGGUUUUGCGCUUAGUGGAACUAUCAUUUUAUUUUCAACAAGACAAUUACCCAACACACCUCCAGGCUGUGUAAGGGCUAUUUGACCAAGAAGGAGAGUGAUGGAGUGCUGCAUCCGAUGACCUGUUGGAAAAGCAUUCCAGGUGAAGCUGGUUGAGACAAUGGCAAGAGUGUUCAAAGCUGUCAUCAAGGCAAAGGGUGGCUACUUUGAAGAAUCUAAAAUCUAAAAUAUAUUUUGAUUUGUUUAACACUUACUUGAUUCUUACAUGAUUCCAUAUGUGUUAUUUAAUAGUUUUGUCUUCACUAUAGUGAAUGUCUUCACUAUUAUUCUACAAUGUAGAAAAUAGUUUAAAAAAAGGAAAACCCUGUAAUGAGUAGGUGUGUCCAAACUUUUGACUGGUACUGUAUAUCUAAUUGUGUUCUUGUGUUGCGUAUUCAUAAUCUAAGGCAGGGGCUAGAGCAGGGGUAGGCAACUAGAUUCAGCCACAGGGCAGAUUUUUGUUGGAGCGGAUGAUCGGGGGUCGGAACAUAAUUAUAUUGCAAAUUGACCCCAACUAAGCCCAAAAAGAGAUUGUAUUUGAAAUUAACAAUCAUUCCAUAGCUUGAUUACAUUGAGAAACGAUCACAUCUCUAUUUUCAUUUGUGGGAAUACUUGGGAACAGAUUUUUUUACAAAAAACUUUGGGGGGCCAAAAACAAUCAGUCUGUUGCUGACCUCUGCCGUAAGGUAUAAAUUAGGCUUAAAAGAGGAGCCCAUUGUAUUACAGCAACCCAGGCCAAUAAAAACAGUCUAUUUAGAGAGUAGAGCUAUUAACAGAGAAGCCGGGCAUAUGUGCAUUGGCCUGACUUACUUGAUGUCAAGGUUAGAGAGCACACUACUGGCACUUUAACUUCUACCACAAAGGUGGAUAUAAAAGCUUUAACACCUUUUCCCCUGUCGGAGGCCAAACCUUUGGCUUUGUUAAUUGAAACCAGUAGCACCCGUAAAAAGUCAUUACAGCCAGAUGAAAAUACAUUUUGCUUUUCACUCGGCCUUGAUUUAACAGGAGAUCAGAGUUCGCUCUGCUUUUCCCCACGCCUCAGAAACCACCUGGUUUCACUAAGGCUUCAGGAGAGAGUUCUGUCUGAGGAAAAGUGCCUCAGUCUUAAUAAGCUCUCCUCUCUUUGUCAAUAUCCUGCAAAUCUGUUUCAUGUGCAGUGAAGUUAAACAUGGUCAGUCAGUCGGUCUGUCCGUGGGUCUGUGGGUCUGUCUGUCUGUCUGUCUGUCUGUCUGUCUGUCUGUCUGUCUGUCUGUCUGUCUGUCUGUCUGUGGGUCUGUGGGUCUGUCUGUGGGUCUGUCUGUCUCUCUGUCUGUCUGUCUGUCUGUGGGUCUGUCUGUCUGUCUGUGGGUCUGUGGGUCUGUCUGUGGGUCUGUCUGUCUGUCCGUCUGUCUGUGGGUCUGUCUGUCUGACUGUGGGUCUGUGGGUCUGACUGUGGGUCUGUCUGUCUGUCCGUCUGUCUGUGGGUCUGUCUGUCUGUCUGUCUGUCUGUCCGUCUGUCUGUGGGUAUGUCUGCCUGCCUAGGGUUCUGGUCAAAAGUAGUGCGCUAUGUGGAGUAAAAACAUUAAUUACACAGCUAAUGACAAUGGCAGGGAUUAGAAUUGAAGCUGUGAAGCAGAAGACAGUUGUGUCAGCCAUUAAGAUGUCACCCCCUGUCUGUUCCUGGGUCUGAUUUAGGCUUUCUGUUUUGACUUCUCUGGUCCCUGGGGUCCAGCCCCAUGCAGCUGGCCUGACUGCACGUCUUUGAAAGCACUAUGCAUAGAUAAUAAACACACACACAGUCUCCUUCUACUCCCCAACAGUCUGCUACAGGCAACAUCCGCACCGAGCUAAAGGCUAGAGCUGCCGCUUUCAAGGAGCGGGACACUAAUCCAGAUGCUUAGAAGAAAUCCUGCUACGUCCUCCGAUGACACAUCAAAAGGGCAAAGCGGCAAUACAGGACUAAGAUUGAAUCCUACUACACCGGCUAUGACGCUUGUCAGAUGUGGCAUGGCUUGCAAAAUAUCAUGGAUUACAAAGGGAAACCCAGCCGCGAGCUGCCCGGUGCCGCCAGCCUACCAGAUGAGCUAAAUGCCUUCUAUGCUCACUUCGUGGCAAGCAACACUGAACCAUGACAGCACCGGCUGUUCCAGGCAACUGUGUGAUCACGCUCUCCGUAGCCGAUGUGAGUAAGACCUUUAAACAGGUUAACAUUCACAAGGCCGCAGGGCCAGACAGAUUACCAGGACGUGUACUCAGAGCAUGCGCUAUCCAGCAUGCACUAUCCAGGUGUCUUCACUGGCAUUUUUAAACUCUCCCUGACUUAGUCUGUAAUACCUAUAUGUUUCAAGCAGCCCACCAUAGUCCCUGUGCCCAGGAACGCCAAGGUAACCUGCCUAAAUGACUACCGCCCUGUAGCACUCACAUCUGUAGCCAUUAAAUGCUUUGAAAGGCUGGUCAUGACUCACAUCAACACCAUCAUCCCAGAAACCCUGGACCCACUCCAAUUCGCAUACCGCCCCAACAGAUCCACAGAUGACGCAAUCUCUAUUGCACUCCAAACUGCCCUUUCCCACCUUUGUGAGAAUGCUGUUCAUAGACUACAGCUCAGCAUUCAACACCAUAGUUCCCUCCAAGCUCAUCACUAAGCUAAGGACCCUGGGACUUAACACCUCCCUCUGCAACUGCAUCCUGGACUUCCUUGACGGGCCGCCCCCAGGUGGUAAGGGUAGGAAACAACACAUCUGCCACGCUUACCCUCAACAUGGGGGCCCCUCAGGGGUGCGUGCUUAGUACUGUACUCCCUGUUCACCCUUGACUGUGUGGCCACGCAUGACUCCAACACCAUCAUUAGAUUCAGACGAAGAUGAGACAGCCUAUAGGGAGGAGGUCAGAGACCUGGCAGUGUGGUGCCAUGACAACAAUCUCUCCCUCAACGUGAGCAAGAUAAAGGAGCUGAUCGUGGACUACAGGAAAAGGAGGGCAGAGCACGCCGCAAUUCACGUCGACGGGCUGUAGUGGAGCAGGUCGAGAGCUACAAGUUCCUUGGUGUCCACAUUACUAAGAAACUAUCAUGGUCCAAACACACCAAGACAGUCGUGAAGAGGGCAUUACAACACCUAUUCUCCCUCAGGAGACUGAAAAGGUUUGGCAUGGGUUCUCAGAUCCUCAAAAUGUUAUACAGCUGCACCAUCGAGAGCAUCCUGACUGGUUGCAUCACCGCUUGGUAUGGCAACUGCUCGGCAUCUGACCACAAGGCGCUAAAGAGGAUAGUGCGUACGGCGCAGUACAUCACUGGGGCCGCGCUUCCUGUUCUCUCUGCUACCGCACGGGAAGUGGCACCGGAGUGCCAAGUCUAGGACCAAAAGGCUCCUGAACAGCUUCUACCCCCAAGCCUGCUGAACAGUUAAUCAAAUGGCCACCCGGACUAUUUGCAUUGAGCCCCUUAUUUUAUUCGUAUUUUUUGCACCUACUCUCUUGCACAGGCUCGAUGUACACUCACUGGACUCUAACCACACACGCAUAUUGACGCCACACACGCACACUGCUGCUACUCUCUGUUUAUUAUCUAUGCAUAGUCACUUUAUGCUCUACCUUACUUACUUUUUAGUCAUUUAGCAGACGCUCUAUUCCAGAGCAACUUACAGUUAGUGAGUGCAUACAUUAUUUUUUUUAUUUUUUUAUACUGGCCCCCCGUGGGAAUCAAACCCACAACCCUGGCGUUGCAAACACCAUGCUCUACCAACUGAGCUACUUCCCUGCCGGCCUGGAUGAAGCAAACUUGAAACUCACGUGCUGCGUAUGUCUUUACAUAUACUAAAUAACAUAUGUAUUAAUUUUUAUUUAUUUAGAAUGGACCAUUAUCAUGCACCUGUCUCGAAAACAGGGCCAGGGGAAAAAAUUUGUAAUCUAUGCACUUAACUAGCGAAUGGAGUACGCAUUUCCCGUGAUUCAUUUUCAUGCCAGUCAGGUAGGCUAAACUCCUGCUGUAAAUAUGAACCCCCAAGUCAAACCAAAUACGACAUGUCAACACGUCCUGUCAGCCGUCAGUCAAACAUGCAACAACAGUGCUGUCAUUCAAAAUUAUGACAUUAACUCCUGGAAACUAUCACUUUUAGAAUGCAAGAACUUUGAGGGUUAGGUUUAGGCAUUCAUUCCAAGUGGUUAUGGUUAGGAUUAAAAUAGAACAAAAAUGAGAAGGAAAAGAAAAGCCCUAACAUUGGGAUUGAACAAGCAAAGCUUGGGGCCGUAGCUCACGGUUCAGCUGGUCUUCAACCCCACCCACCACACCAUUGCUCAUCACUAGGCUACUAGAUGUUAACAGGCACAUGCGUUGCCCCUCGUCGACGAGUCAUUUACAUGUCUUUUGUUCAGCGUCUGUUUUUAUGUUGCACCACAGCCUUUUGUCCCAGUGUGUACUUGUACAUCUCAGGUAGCCUAGUGGUUAAGCGGUUGGCCCAGGAACCAAAUGGUUGCUGGUUCGAAUCCCUUAGCUGACUGGGUGAAAAUUCUGUCAAUGUGCCGUUGAGCAAGGCACUUAACCCUAAUUGCUCUGGAUAAGAGUGUCUGCUAAAUGACUAAAACGUGCUAUGCGUACUUCUUGUUAUUUUUGACUUGUACUGCAAUAUUGGGUGAGCUAGCACACAAGAAUUGUACUACAACUUUUACUGUGUAGGUGAUAAAUAAAAUGUGAUUUGAUUUGACAUCGACUUGCCAUCAUGUCAUUUAAAAAUUACAUAAACUCUAGGCUAGCUUGUAAUCCACUAUAGUUUGGGCUGAAAACUAUAAUAGUAGACAAAUAGAGAAGCCAACACCCUUUUGUAGUAGGUGUGGCCAAGCCUGCUGCAUAGAGAGCUACUGGGUGUGCAGGUUUCUGCUCCUGCUCUAUACACACAUGAGACGAAGAAUAAGCUGAUACAGUAUGUAGAGUCAGCUGUGUUAGAGUUGACAGGCAGCUACAGUUCUGUAGAAUGCUACGGAAACGUUUCUAGUUCACCAUGGUUAUUCCGGGCUUAUUAAAUAAUUGUAUUGGAGAUCUGAACUAGUUGAUGCCUGUGAGCCAAGUCAUCGACUAGAAUUUGUAAAAAUCUAUUUAGACAUUACAGGCCAAGCUCCACUCAAUGAAAACACAAGAAGAAUCAAGACACUUGUAUCCCUUUCCUGCAGUCAAAUGACAAAAUCGCCCUCUAGUGGCCUCAUGGGUGGAAUGUUAUUAAUAUUUUUCACAAUUUCAUAAUUAAUAAACAUGAUAAAAAUGAAAAUAUGGUGUUUCUAUGUCAAACGGUUUUGUUACAUUUCAGUCUUCUGUAAUGUAUAUGAAGUGUAAUAUUGGGACGCAAACUCAAAAUGUAAUACAUUUCAACUCUAUAUAUGACAUGGUCUAGGUGUGUUAUUUUUUUAAGCCCAUGACCAUGUCAUAUAUAGAGUUGAAAAAUAUUACAUUUUGAGUAUGAGGUGUAUACUUUUGUUUCAAAGUAGAUUUGUUUAAGACUACCUGAUUUAGCCCACUGCAGUAAAAGGAUAAGGUUUCCCUCAAAGGACGAGCUUUCUAUUGUAGCCUGCCACUGUAGGAGUUUUCUCAUACUUACUUUAUUUAUAAUCUCCAUUGUUUCUGUGACAUACAAGUACAAUAAAUGUAGCUCUCUCCCAGCCCAUGUCUGCAUCCCAAAUGGCAACCUAUUCCCUAUUUAGUGCACUACAUUUGACCUGGGCUGUGGUCAAAAGUUGUGCACUACAAAAGUGAAUAUGGUGCCAUUUGUGACACAGCCCAUAUCUGUUCUGUAUCUUCAAAACAGAACAUGAGAGAGAAAGACAUACAGUACAAUACCUGACCAUUCUGUUCAUGAACUGUGGAGGGGACAUCAAAUAGAAAACAUUGCUCACAGUGUACAGAAAGACGUUACCUCAGAAUGCAGACGUUUCUUUCUUCCUUUAGUUAUUCAGCUAAGUAAUCAAAUCAAAUUUUAUAAGUCACAUGCUUUACAAACAACAGGUGUGGACUAACAGGGAAAUGCUUACUUAUAUUAUUACGGGCCUUCCCAACAACGCAGAGAGAAAGAACAUGGAGAAAUAAUAGGAAAGUAAAACACUUAAUGAUAAAAGUAAUAAUAGAAACACAAGGGGUACCAGUACCGAGUCCAUGUGCAGGGGUAUGAGGUAAUAACUUGGCUAUAUACAAGGGGUACCAGUACCGAGUCCAUGUGCAGGGGUAUGAGGUAAUAACUUGGCUAUAUACAAGGGGUACCAGUACCGAGUCCAUGUGCAGGGGUAUGAGGUAAUAACUUGGCUAUAUACAAGGGGUACCAGUACCGAGUCGAUGUGCAGGGGUAUGAGGUAAUAACUUGGCUAUAUACAAGGGGUACCAGUACCGAGUCCAUGUGCAGGGGUAUGAGGUAAUAACUUAGCUAUAUACAAGGGGUACCAGUACCGAGUCCAUGUGCAGGGGUAUGAGGUAAUAACUUGGCUAAAUACAAGGGGUACCAGUACCGAGUCCAUGUGCAGGGGUAUGAGGUAAUAACUUGGCUAUAUACAAGGGGUACCAGUACCGAGUCCAUGUGCAGGGGUAUGAGGUAAUAACUUGGCUAUAUACAAGGGGUACCAGUACCGAGUCCAUGUGCAGGGGUAUGAGGUAAUAACUUGGCUAUAUACAAGGGGUACCAGUACCGAGUCCAUGUGCAGGGGUAUGAGGUAAUAACUUGGCUGUAUACAAGGGGUACCAGUACCGAGUCCAUGUGCAGGGGUAUGAGGUAAUAACUUGGCUAAAUACAAGGGGUACCAGUACCGAGUCCAUGUGCAGGGGUAUGAGGUAAUAACUUGGCUAUAUACAAGGGGUACCAGUACCGAGUCCAUGUGCAGGGGUAUGAGGUAAUAACUUGGCUAUAUACAAGGGGUACCAGUACCGAGUCCAUGUGCAGGGGUAUGAGGUAAUAACUUGGCUAUAUACAAGGGGUACCAGUACCGAGUCCAUGUGCAGGGGUAUGAGGUAAUAACUUGGCUAUAUACAAGGGGUACCAGUACCGAGUCCAUGUGCAGGGGUAUGAGGUAAUAACUUGGCUGUAUACAAGGGGUACCAGUACCGAGUCCAUGUGCAGGGGUAUGAGGUAAUAACUUGGCUGUAUACAAGGGGUACCAGUACCAAGUCCAUGUGCAGGGGUAUGAGGUAAUAACUUGGCUGUACACAAGGGGUACCAGUACCGAGUCCAUGUGCAGGGGUAUGAGGUAAUAACUUGGCUGUAUACAAGGGGUACCAGUACCGAGUCCAUGUGCAGGGGUAUGAGGUAAUAACUUGGCUAUAUACAAGGGGUACCAGUACCGAGUCGAUGUGCAGGGGUAUGAGGUAAUAACUUGGCUAUAUACAAGGGGUACCAGUACCGAGUCCAUGUGCAGGGGUAUGAGGUAAUAACUUGGCUGUAUACAAGGGGUACCAGUACCGAGUCGAUGUGCAGGGGUAUGAGGUAAUAACUUGGCUAUAUACAAGGGGUACCAGUACCGAGUCGAUGUGCAGGGGUAUGAGGUAAUAACUUGGCUAUAUACAAGGGGUACCAGUACCGAGUCGAUGUGCAGGGGUAUGAGGUAAUAACUUGGCUGUAUACAAGGGGUACCAGUACCGAGUCGAUGUGCAGGGGUAUGAGGUAAUAACUUGGCUAUAUACAAGGGGUCAGUACCGAGUUGAUGUGCAGGGGUAUGAGGUAAUAACUUGGCUGUAUACAAGGGGUACCAGUACCAAGUUGAUGUGCAGGGGUAUGAGGUAAUAACUUGGCUGUAUACAAGGGGUACCAGUACCAAGUUGAUGUGCAGGGGUAUGAGGUAAUUGAGGUAGAUAUUUACAUAUAACUAGGAAUAGUCACAGAUAGUAAACAGUAGCAGGACCGUUGUGAUUAAUCAAAAAUGUUAGUGCAAAAAGGGUCUUAUGGCUUGGGGGUAGAAGCUGUUCAGGGUCCUGUUGGUUCCAGACUUGGAGCAUCGGUAACACUUGCCAAGCGGUAGCAGAGAGAACAGUCUAUGACUUGGGUGGCUGGAGACUUUGACCAUUUUUAGGGCCUUCCUCUGACACCGCCUGGUAUACAGGUCCUGGAUGGCAGGGAGCUCGGCCCCAGUGAUGUACUGGACCGUACGCAUUACCCUCUGUAGCGCCUUGCGGUCAGAUGCCAAGCAGUUUCCAUACCAAGCGGUGAUGGUGCAGCUGUAGAACUUGAGGCUCUGAGGACCCAUGCCAAAUCUUUUCAGCCUCCUGAGGGGGAAGAGGCAUUGUCAUGCCCUCUUCACGACUGUGUUGGUGUGUUUGGACCAUGAUUGAUCCUUAGUGAUGUGGACACCGAGGAACUUGAAGCUCUCAACCUGCUCCUGUCAAUGUGAAUGGGGGCGUGCUCGGGCCUCUGUUUCCUGAAGUCCACAAUCAGCUCCUUUGUGUUGCUGACGUUGAGGGAGAGGUUGUUGUCCUGGCACCAUACUGCCAGGUCUCUGACCUCCUCCCUAUAGGCUGUAUCAUCGUCGUCGGUGAUUAGGCCUAUCACCGUCGUAAUGAUGGUGUUGGAGUUGUGCGCUGCCACACAGUCGUGGGUGAACAGGAAGUACAGGAGGGGACUAAGCACGCACCCCUGAGUGGCCCCAGUGUUAAGGGUCAGUGUGGUGGAUGUGUUGUUGCCUACCCUCUCCCCCUGGGGGCAUCCUAUCAGAAACUCCAGUAUCCAUUUGCAGAGUGAGGUGUUCAGUCCCAGGGUCCUUAGCUUAAUGAUGAGCUUAGAAGGCAUUAUGGUCAAAUCAUUUCAUUUCUACAGUGGGGAGAACAACUGUGAGAGACGGAAUCUAAAACAGAAAUCCAGAAAAUCACAUUGUAUGAUUUUUAAGUAAUUAAUUUGCAUUUUAUUGCAUGACAUAAGUAUUUGAUACAUCAGAAAAGCAGAACUUAAUAUUUGGUAUAGAAACCUUUGUUUUCAAUUACAGAGAUCAUAUGUUUCCUGUAGGUCUUGACCAGUUUUGCACACACUGCAGCAGGGAUUUUGGCCCACUCCUCCAUACAGACCUUCUCCAGAUCCUUCAGGUUUCAGGGCUGUCGCUGGGCAAUACAGACUUUCAGCUCCCUCCAAAGAUUUUCUAGACUGUCUAGGCCACUCCAGGACCUUGAGAUGCUUCUUACGGAGCCACUCCUUAGUUGCCCUGGCUGUGUGUUUCGGGUCGUUGUCAUGCUGGAAGACCCAGCCACGAUCCAUCUUCAAUGCUCUUACUGAGGGAAGGAGGUUGUUGGCCAAGAUCUCGCGAUACAUGGCCCCAUCCAUCCUCCCCUCAAUACGGUGCAGUCGUCCUGUCCCCUUUGCAGAAAAGCAUCCCCAAAGAAUGAUGUUUCCAACGCCAUGCUUCACGGUUGGGAUGGUGUUCUUGGGGUUGUACUCAUCCUUCUUCUUCCUCCAAACAUGGCGAGUGGAGUACAGACCAAAAAGCUCUAUUUUUGUCUCAUCAGACCACAUGACCUUCUCCCAUUCCUCCUCUGGAUCAUCCAGAUGGUCAUCGGCAAACUUCAGACGGGCCUGGACAUGCGCUGGCUUUGCAGGGAGACCUUGCGUGCGCUGUAGGAUUUUAAUCCAUGACGGCGUAGUGUGUUACUAAUGGUUUUCUUUGAGACUGUGGUUCCAGCUCUCUUCAGGUCAUUGACCAGGUCCUGCCGUGUAGUUCUGGGCUGAUCCCUCACCUUCCUCAUGAUCAUUGAUGCCCCACGAGGUGAGAUCUUGCAUGGAGCCCCAGACCGAGGGUGAUUGACCGUCAUCUUGGACUUCUUCCAUUUUCUAAUAAUUGCGCCAACAGUUGUUGCCUUCUCUCCAAGCUGCUUGCCUAUUGUCCUGUAGCCCAUCCCAGCCUUGUGCAGGUCUACAAUUGUAUCCCUGAUGUCCUUACACAGCUCUCUGGUCUUGGCCAUUGUGGAGAGGUUGGAGUCUGUUUGUUUGAGUGUGUGGACAGGUGUCUUUUAUACAGGUAACGAGUUCAAACAGGUGCAGUUAAUACAGGUAAUGACUGGAGAACAGGAGGGCUUCUUAAAGAAAAACUAACAGGUCUGUGAGAGCCGGAAUUCUUACUGGUUGGUAGGUGAUCAAAUACUUAUGUCAUGCAAUAAAAUGCAAAUUAAUUACUUAAAAAUCAUACAAUGUGAUCUUAUGGAUUUUUGUUUUAGAUUCCGUCUCUCACAGUUGAAGUGUACCUAUGAUAAAAAUUACAGACCUCUACAUGCUUUGUAAGUAGGAAAACCUGCAAAAUCGGCAUUGUAUCAAAUACUUGUUCUCCCCACUGUACAUAUAUGAGUGCUACGGGGCGAUAGUCAUUUAGACAGGUUACCUUGGCAUUAUUGGCAACAGAGACUAUGGUGGCAUGCUUGAAACAUGUAGGUAUUACACACUGGGUCAGGGAGAGGUUGAAAAUGACCGCCUAACUCAAAAAGUAAGCCUAUAUAGACUGUUUUGGUGUGUGUGUGUGCGUGCGUUUGAGAGUGUGUGCAUCCAUACGUAUGUGUGUGUGUGUGCUACAAUUGUGUGUGUGUGUGUGUGUGCACCUGCGUCGAGGUGAGUCUAUAUUUAACCUGUACAUUUUCCCAGCUGUUUCCAUGGUACUUCAUCACAGCUAAUGACUGUUGACUCCUAUCACCACCUCACUCCAUCACAGUACAAGUAGACCAGUAUAGGACAUGUCGGAUCUGUUGACGUCAGGUGACAACAACAGCAUGAAUCAUUCAUUAAUUACAAGAGAUCAUUCUGGGAAUAAACUUUAGAGGGCGGUGAGUUUCUUUGAAAGCUUUGUAGCAAACAUUGUAUUCUCAUACCUCUAUUAAAGGCCCAAUCCUUAAUUUGAAAGGAAAGAAAUCCAUAACUUUUUCAAUUUAACUUGAAAGACAACAAACAGAUAGUAUGUUGGGGCCGAUUUAUAUUCUUCAAAAAUCAAUGGGUAUACUAUACAUAAUUGUUUAAAUUACCAAAAUAUCAUAGUUUGCACCUUUAAAGAAUGACCAAACGUCCUUAUGGUUGUCAGAGCUGUCUGAGCAGGGUGGCCUUCUGAUCUUCUCUAUUGAACCACUCCUUAGCUGGAACUGAUUGUUCCCAGUGGCUGGGAUUGGGACUACUGCUACAAAUACUAUUGGGAAUGCUGUUGGGAAUGGGCGGAUUAACUGCAAUGACCCGAGGGUCUCGAUUCUAGAUCGUCUACUUGGACUCAUCUCUCUGGAGCAGUGUGUGUGUGUGUGUGCGUGUGUGUGUGUGUGUGUGUGUGUGAAAGUAAGAAGAGCAGCAGUGAAGACUAUGAAUGAGACAAGGUAUUUGUUACCAUUCCACUAUUCUGCACCAGCAAUUACCAUGAGGUCGUCUCCCCCAAUUACCAUGAGGUCGUCUCCCCCAAUUACGGUGCCACCAAUCUCCUGUGCUGUUAUUUUUCAAGCCUUCAUGAGUAAAAGCAGAGACUGAUGUGAACUCUUUCCUGUAAGAAUGUUGAACCCUUGGAGCCCAUGAACAAUGCACACCAUCACAGAGGAGUGUUGUUUGUCGAUACACACACACACACACACACACACACACACACACGUACAAAGCAAAGCAUAAUUUUGAUCUGACAGCUGCAUGCCACAUGGUUGAAAAGAUGUACAGUUUCUAGCGUAUGAAUGUGCAUCUAGCAUACAUGAGGUAAAAUAGUGCUGGCGGCUUUGGAUAGAGGAUGCUGCUUGUUGUUAUUGUUGUUGUUGUGUGAAGCAAAGAGAGCAUCAUAACAGUGUAUUUAUCCUGCUAAGACUGUGUGGGCUAAUCAAAGCAGGGCUGGUUGGAAAACAUGAAAAAAUAUGGCUGCCACAUGGUACUGUAAUCCAGUCUAACCAGUCUUGUUUUGCAGGAGAAAUAAGAAUAACUAGAUUACAUUUAUCUGUUUUUUGUUGACAUUUUAAAAAUUGCAGAUUCAUUUAACAAUCUGUAAACGUGACUUUUAGAAUGUUUCUCCUUGUCAUUUCAAAGGAACAUUUGUGUUAAUCAGAAACCAGUAGUUUACAGACGACUGAGAUGAAAGAAAAUAGGGAACAUUGACAUAUGAUGACCCUAUGGGCCCUUGUCAAAAGUAGUGCACUAAAUAGGAACUAGGGUGACAUUUGGGAGGCAGACUAAGACACCUCCAGGGAUUUUCCUUAUAGAAGGAAAACCAACAAACAUGCAACCAUAAAGCCAUACAACCCGGGAAGUCUAGUAGUGUGUGCUUGUGCGUGUGCAUGUGUGUGUCUCUGUUUGUUUGUGUGUGUGUGUGUGUUUGUGUGUGUGUCUGUGUGUGUUUGUGAUGAGAAGGGAUUGGAGCAAUCAGCCCUACCCUUCCACCACUGGACCGCAUACUAAUUACACCACUUCAUUGAUUUAGAUGACAGCAACAUAGAUAUGCACACAAACUCGUCAAAAAGGUUUUUUCCAUUUAGCCACUUAUACAGUACUUUUAUAAAUAAUACACAGGUAUUCAGAGAAAUGAAACCGGCUGAUCUGGAAGUUUAUGCUCUGCUUUUUGAUAUGCGUAUAUGAAACAGAAAGUCCAGUUGCAUAGCUGUGAGCUUGUGACCGAAACCUACCAACAUUGAUCAACAACAUUCCUAGACUGAAAAUGUCUUAUCUUGUCAGCCUCGUGACAAGGGAAAGGAAGGAACAUUAUAUUGAAUCACCUUUUCCUCAUAGAAGUGACAUUGACUCAGCCAUGGCUCUGAGAGCAUACAUGCUAGUGCUCUCUCUGCUCCACCAGUGUGUCUCUCACCCACUCAGCCCUCCUGACAAUGGACUUCGAAGUGCCGCACCAACCUGUCCGCUCUAGCCCUAGAGGUGCUCCCAGGUGGGGAAUGGGACAACCUGAGGAACAUGGACAUGGGACGAGUCAUGAACUUUAGCUACUCCCAGUGCCAGACCACGGAGGACGGAGUCUACCUCAUCCCAGACGAGGUGUUUGUCAUCCCCCAGAAGCUCACUGGUGUUGAGACUCAUUCAGAAAAUCAUCAGUACUCAGCUGGAGCAGCACAGUUCCACGUCUCAAUCCAUCAAUGUGGACGUGUCCUUCCUCCCAGUGCUCAAUGCUAAGUUCUCCACUGAGAACCAGCGGGUGAAGAGCCACCAGGUCCAAGACAGGUCUGUCACUACUCGUGUGCAGGUGAGUUGCUCCUUAAGAUUGAGAGUCAGACUUAACAUUUGCAUCACAUUCAAGCAUGUGUAGAAAUACAGUAUCAAUUGUUGAAUUACUGCUGUCGGAAAAUGUAUUUUCAUCGUCAAUCGUACACAAGGUCCAACCGAAACUUGACUUCCGCUUUUAACCCAACCCCUCUGAAUCAGAGGUGCCGGUGGGCUGCCACAUUGGGGCCCGGGGAGAACAUACUGAAAUGGGGAAUUGACAAGGUGGACUCAGAUCACCACUAUAGUUGUGUAUAUUAAAGAGAUGUUUUAGGUAGAGAUAUAGUUAAACCUAUUUAGUUUAUAUAUAUACAAUAUUUAAACACAUAGUGUUAAAGCUGUAUUAUGUAGCUUUGUGUGUAUCCCGAAUUCAAAAAUAAAUGUGAGUUGUAGAUUUGCCAUUCUGAUUGAAAGCAAGUCUGAUAAGUGAUAGAUCUGUUCUAUGUGCGCUAUUUCUGUUCUAUGUGCGCUUCCCCUCCUUAAGUUUCAUUUUUGCUUGUUGAAAAUAUAUUUCUAAGUGUUUUACAUGGUACAAUGAUUCUCUACACUAUACACAAGUUUACGCGCUGUAUCCCGGGUGGCGCCAUAACUCUACACAAAUGCAUUUCAUUUCCGCCGGAAGUUGUUGGCACAACGUCUGCCGGUGUAAACACAGCGAUGUCGACGCUAGCUUGGGAACACGGUUCUACUACUAUGCCGCAACCCGUCAAGGAGCGGAGGGGGAGGAACUUGCAAGGGACUAUUUGGAAACUCUGGGCAACAGCAUUGAAACCAAAGGCUUAGUGGUGUGCGAAAAGGAACUGCGGCUUGCAGCAUCUCCCGAUGGAGUGAUAAACAACGACAUUCUGUUGGAGAUCAAAUCACCUGUGAUGGGAAACAAGUCACUUGCAGAAUUUUUGGCAACAAAGAACUGCGAAAUCACAACUGUGGCAAACGGAGAUAGGGUAGAUUACCAUAUUGCCUGCAAUGGUCCAAAAGGCUACUACAUGCAGUUACAAAUUGGGAUGCACUGCACAGGGCUUCAGCACUCCAAGUUGGUGAUCUGGAACAAAACUGAGCACCUAGAAAUCGAAGUACCCUACGACCAAGGCUUUGUCCAGGGGCAUAUCAUAAGGCUGCGCACAUUCUACUUUGCCCACAUGCUCCCGAAAAUUAUUGAUGAUUUUGUUGAGGGAAGGUUACAGUUCUGCAGUAAAUAUCUCAGCAUUUUAAAACCAAAAUAAACUGCCUUAUUUAGGUCAUGCCCACAGGAGCCAACAGAUGUCCAUUGUUUACAUGAUCUCUUUAUGCUGUGCAAUAUAUCAGUGUGCCUACUGUUUGAGUGAAAAUAAAGUUUGAUGUAAUUUCAAUCCUUAGAGUGCUACAAUUUAUUUUAGCACAGUUCAUAAUUCAUAGUAAGCUCAUACUGUACAUAAAUAACACUGGAUUAAUUAACUGUUUUGAGGAAACUAAACAAAUGGCUUCAACAAGAAAGAUAGCGUGUUUAAUCUUAACAGGUAUUAAAAAGUAAAAUACAAAAGCAGCCCACACAAUUACAUCACUAUGAAAAUAUUCAUAUAUAAUAUUAAAAAAUACAAUGCACGCAGUAUUUGUUGUGUUUAUCUGUAUUUAAUGAACAACAUGGCUGGGUGUUGGUAGACAGGGACACAGGGCAAGAUUCUAAACCUCACUGAUCAGUGGACUCUUCAGGUUAACUAGGCCAGCACAGAUGGUUAAGAUGUUGUCCAGUUUCGGUGCCAUGCUGAUGGGAACAUUCUGGGAUAAAAUCUUAAACACCUUCAGUCUCUGGAUUUCUCUUUCCACAUGUAUGCGGACAUUGGCUACUCGCCUGGUGCGUGUCGUCUCCUCAUUGGUCAACUGAUUGCGCCUGUAGGUGAAAGCAGGGAUGUUCAAACUGACCCUUCGCUCAUCAAGCAAGUCUCGAAUGGUGAACCCACGGUCCGCCAUGACCUCAUCACCAGCCCUCAGAUAGUCUAGGAACCCACUGUCCAUGGUGAUAAACUUAUCGCUGCUUCUGCCAGCAUAGGCAUCAGAUAUAAACAUGAUUAGCCCAUUAGGGGCCACAGCGACGAGAUAUUUCACAGUGUUGCGUGAUUUAUACUGGCUGAAAGUGUCACUCCUUGAGUCGUGGUUUGUGGCUCUCUGCAUGGCACUUUCGGCACAGUCAAUGAUGCAGGUGGUUCGAGGGUAGUUCCUCUGAAACGACAAGGCGCAUGGUGGCACGAAUGGUCUCUCUUGGAAGCCAGGGGAUCAGGACUUUGAACUGUUCACCCAUCACGUCAAUCCAGUGACUAAUCACAAUGCUUGCCAUGGAUGUAGACACAUUGAAGCGGUGAGCAAUAUCUCCUAAUAUUAGGUUUAGUUUUAGUUUCAUCAACGUCAUAAGUAUUUGGUCAACAACAGGAAGGGUAAUUGAUGGCUUACUGAAAGGCAACAACACCGUCACCAGGGUGAAGAAUUGAACCAUAAGCACUCCUGUAUACAGCCGGGACCUAGCAUCAUCAAUGACCGUGGUGCUGGUCACAGUAGGACCCAUUUCUGCCUCGCACUGUGUGGCCUUGUCUACUUUAACAGACUGUGUUGUUGAACAUUAAAUGUGAUCAAUAUGUGACGGAUCCUCCCAUUGGGUCUGGGCAUCUCGAAGUUUUGGUGUAGCAGGCUCGGCCUCACAGACAGGCUGACAGGUUUCUGGAGCAUCUAAAAAGGGGAAGAGAAAACAUGGAUGGAGCAAAAUUAAUGCAGGCAUAGAGUCCUCUCACUACAAACAUCACAAUGGAAAAAUGUGUACUACAACAUUGCACUCACACGCACACACACAAUCAUCAUCACAACAGCCUGCCACCUUGCAUUGUAUUUAUGAUGUAGACUAAGGCACACGCAGGCAGGCACACACACACACACACACACACACACACACACACACACACACACAAUUAAUGAUGUAGCUAUCGUGGGCAUUGUUUGUCCCAUCUCCAAAACAAUCAACUGCCUUAGCAAAAUACCGGUAGCAAUGUUUAAUGUAUGACAACUUCUUCAUAAUUAACAGUAUUGUCAGCUUCAUAGCUAAAGUUGCUGAACUUACCCUCAGAUUCAAGUCUGCGUUUCUUUAUCUGGGGGGAGGCAGUGGUCCGCUGGGUGAGUUGACGCCUCUUUGGCUGGGGAGGGCGAUUGUAUCCCAACCACAACUCUGGGAAAGGAUUAUCCUUGGUAGGUUUUUGGUCAACAAAGUGAUAGGAACAAACAAAAACGUUGAGGGGUGGUUUCUUUAGAUUCAAUGCCUUCAGCCAGGUCCUUGAUUCCGAGUCGGUAUCAGGCUUGCGAAAAAAUGUAAACAAUGGAGCGCAUGGACAUUGCCUCUUCGUAGCUGGUUUGUGGUCGUAGCACUCUCUAUCUAACCACUCGUUCAGGUGCUUUCUCAAGUUUUUGCAACCAACUACCGCACACGUCGUUCCCGAACCACUUUUCUUCAUGUUGUAAUUGUAAUUUUUAUAUCCUCUUUGUCACUGCGAUAUCAGUGCUUUGUCGGCACAACGGAGCUAGCUAGCAAAACAAACCCAGCCCGGCAGAACGGAAGUGGAUUGCAUCGACGGGAGGAGUUCAGGAAGUAGAGCGGAAACGGCUCAAAAACGUGUGUAUACAUUGCUUGUUUUGUCACAUAAACUGAAAUUAGGCGAAUGUUUUAGAAUUUUAGCAACCAAAUAACUGCAGAGCAAUUUCUAUAUUUGUGCCUUUAAAAAUAAUUGGGGUUUCGGCAUACUCAGUUUGUAGUUUAUUUAGACUUUUGAAUAUUAUUUCAGUGCGCUGUUGUAACAUGCCUUCGCAUUGGCUGCCCCAGCAACUAAUGACACCAAGCCAAAGAUGAAUUCUUCUCCUUUCCCUCCCAGGUGCGCAACUUCCUGUACACUGUAAAGGCUCACCCUGACUUCACUCUGGAUGGCCGCUUUGUCCGCCAGGCUGAGGAGAUCGCAGACGCAAUAGAAAACAACCAGACUCGACAGGCAGCGUAUUUAUCUGAGAAGAUGGUGCUUGACUAUGGCACCCAUGUGAUAACCAGCAUCGACGCAGGUGCCUCCUUAGUGCAAGAGGACUAUCUCAGUGACAAGUACGUGUCCACGACAGACAAGUUCUCUGUCAAGGCAUUGGCAGGUCUAAACUUCUUUUAUAAACUCAAGUUUGACAUUGGCAGCGAGCAUGCACAAGAGACCUCAGACUCACUCAGUUAUCAGGGCAACUUCACCUACUCCAUUAUACAGAGCCAUGGUGGGGCACCCUUUUACCCGGGCAUCACUCUGCAGAAAUGGCAGGAGAGCACCAAGAACAACCUGGUAGGCAUUGACCGGGCAGGACUGCCACUGCACUACUUCCUCAACCGGUUAACCUUGCCUGAUCUUCCUGAACCAACAGUUGGCAAACUGUCACUGUUUGUGAGUGAAGCCAUACAUCGCUACUAUACCAUCAACACCCGGCCCGGCUGUGUCAACCCAGACUCCCCGAACUUCAACUUCCAAGCCAAUGUGGAAGACAACUCCUGCGAGGGUCCGGCCACCAACCUCACCUUUGGUGGCGUGUUUCAGCAGUGCACCAAGCUCACUGACGAUGCAGACCCAAUCUGCCAGAACCUGGCUCAGAUGAACCCCGACACAGGCUCUUACUCAUGUCGUGAACCCUACACACCCACCCUGUUGCGUGGCGAGGUGAUAAACCAGGGCUAUAACAAGAUUGAGUGCCACGACAAUUGCUAUGACUGUAACUGUUUUUGGGGGAUGUUUUGCGAUACAUGCUGCGACAACGUGUGUGUAGACGUCUUCCAUGUCCGCUCCGCUCGAAUUGACAGCUACUGGUGCUCCACCAAUGAGGUGACCCCAGAGUACUCAGGGUAUCUCUUUGGGGGCCUCUACAGCCGAUCCCUACUGAACCCUCUGACCAAAACCAAGAGCUGUCCCGUGAACUACUUUCAGAUUAACUUUCUGUCCAACGGCCUGAUUAUCUGCCUGAGCAAAGACUAUGAGACUGCCAGCAAGUUCUCAGUGCCAUUUGGUGGUUUCUUCAGCUGCCAGUCUAACAACCCCCUGGCAGGUGGCCAACCUCGCUGCCCUCCCAAGUUCAGUCAGCACCUAGCUGGCAUUAUUGAUGGCUGUCAGGUUCUGUACUGUGUCCAGUCUGGCCUGUUCACAGGUGGGCAGCUGCUUCCUGUCCACCUGCCACCUUUCACUCGUCGUCCACUGGUCAGCAUACAUGCCAAUAAAACGAUGGUUGUGAUGACCGAUGGUGAUCAGGUCUGGGUCAGGGUUGGCGAGACCAACAGGUGGAACCUGACCAAGCUGACCGAGGUCAGAAUGCUUAAUCCAGCCUCAGCCCAGAUGUCAGAUGGGAAGAAGUUCGGUGUGCACUUUGGUGUGGACUUUGGAGUCGUUUGCCUGGUUGCUUUGGUGACAGUUGGGGCUGUGCUACUAGUGAGAAGGAGAAGGGGAGCUGGGUUCGGAGGGGAAAGAGGGUAUGAGAAGAUCGGGUAG